CCAUUCGCCCUCGACCUGGAGCUUACUGGCUACUGGAAGGACCUCCUUCUUCAUCUCCAGCUUUCUUCUUUCGGAGAACUUCGCCUUCCGUAACAUCUGGCGCAGACGCGAGUGGUAAUCCCGAUGCAUAGCAUUUCCUUAGAAAUGUUGGAGUAGGAAGAAGGUAUAUAAGAAGUGUGCUGAAGGAGGCCGACCUCCCUCGAUAUCAUUCUUCAGAACAAGCUUUACCAUGACCUCUUCUUCAGCUUCACCAACAUUAUCACGACAGGACUCCUUGGAAAGCUUCAUGAUGCGUCCCGCAGCAAUCUCGCAAAGACACCAUAACAACCCGGCUGGUGGGAGUCGCUUCUGGGAUGAUAGCGAUGGCUCGGAUACUGAUUCGAUAAAUCCGACCCCCAACCCUCCACCACGUCGUACGGCAUCUCACAGCAGCCGCUCGGCGCGGUCGACACGCCGACGUUUCCGCUGGUCACAGCUUUUCCGGCGUCGACCAAGAACGCCCAAGCGUUCCGAACUAGCGACCGGAGAAGCGAAGCCCUCAUUAAGCAAGAUUGCCUCCCGUUGGCAUAGAUGAACCAUCGCAUCGGAUUCUCGUAGUUAAAAGCACGUCUACCCCGUGCUCCUUAACGACACUUGUACCAUCGCAUCCCUAACUUGCAUUUUCUCGAUGUUGGUCACUACAUGCAUAGACCAAAUUGCCAAUUGUUGUCAUGUUCCGAGGAUAACAGCUGUCAAUGAUAUUUUGAUGAGCUAUUCCUGGACUUUGCUAUAUACACAGAUAUCUCCGAUCAUACGAUAACCGCUCUUAAUCCAUUGCAUAGCACUAGUAUCACUACCUAUUAUACCAACAUACUUCUCUUCCUAUAGACUUCUCAUUGGGUUGGGCUAGUACCACUGAGGUCGCUUUUUGUGGGUCCAUAUAGAUGCCCUUGUAUGAUAGUACUUAGGCCCCGACCGCAAAGGAUUACCCACUGUCCCAGCCACCGAGCCUUGGCCGAGAUAGUAGGGCAUCGUCGCGUAUCGGGGUAGCAACAUGGGAUGCGAUGACAGGUUAAGUGCGAUACGCGAUCGAAGGUAAAGGCAUUGGGAAUGCUCGGAAUCGACUGGUUGUUACUUCUCACAUACGCACAUGAUUUCUUGCUCAAUCAACUACUUCUACUAUGGAAUCAUAC